AUGAGCAUCCCACUUGUCUCUUCUAUUUUUCAUGGUUGGAUUAUUAAGGGAAGAAAAGAAAAGAUACUAUUUGUAUUGCACUUGCUAAUGAUACUUGUGAUGAUAUGUAUAGAGCGUGUCCUCAGUCAGGCAGAUCCAUUCAAUUUGAUGGCUUUAAUGCUAUGUUACACAGACACAAUAGUUGACUCGAGGAAAGUCCCAAUGCUUGUAAUUUCAAUUGAGAUUGUGUUGAUGGAAGUUACCCGUGCUUUCUUUGAUUUCAUGGCCACGAUUGCAGUAGACCUGUGUGAAUUGGUGUCGUUGCAACGAUAUACAAAUUCUUUGUCCACACUUCAAAGGGCUUCAUUAGUAGAGAAGUCCAGACAUAAGCCACAAGAGAGGAUGAUAAUUUUAUCAGAUGCACUUAAAACCAACAACUAUGGUGUUGAACCUCUGAUUCAAAGUUGUGGAAUUACUAUAAGCACAUGCUUUACUCAAGUCGAAGGACGUGUUUUGCCUGCUUCAAGGAUUUCAAUCCAAGAAAUGGAAGGUGGAAUUUUAACAAGAAAUUUGUGCAGCCAACAAUGA